AUUCAAGGAAACGGAACUAGCGGACGGCGAUAGUCUCCCACUCCCGGCAACGGACGAAAUAGCAGGAGAUAGACUCCUUCUGGCAGAUGCAGCACUUCCAAGAACCCUUCCUCUCACCGGACGUGUCUUAGCAGUAUUCAUGACGUCCAAGGGUUCUUCUCUCCAGGUAUAGAGCCUUAAGCAAUGGUCCGCCCGCCGCAGGUAAGGCUGACGGGGUUCGAUAUCUUCAGAGUAAAGGAGGGUAUACUGUCCGAUGUGUAGCACAGGGAACUUUCUCUUUUGGCAAGUUAAGAUCAGUUGACGGGUGCAGUGGUGGUACGUUCGUGUGAGCUUGUGGUAGGUCCUUAGAUGGAGCCCGUGUCUCUCACAAGCUUCAAGGAAGGGAGGGAAUCGGGAGCUGUGGGGAGGCGGCUCCCUAAAGGCUUGGCAAUGGCUGCUCUAAUCUUGAUCACGUUUUUGGUUUCCUUCUUUCACUUCUCCCUCUGGUUUUCUUUAGACGAGCUUCGCCUCCUCUUUUUCCUCUGCUGCCCGUGUCUAUUACCGUUUACUUCGAUCUAUCUACCUUCCUACGCCAUAUACAUCCCCUACAAUGGCAAUUUCUGACGAUGAGUUCCCACCCGUUCAAGGCGGUGGCUCCCUCUUACUUGCCUGGCAAGUCCGGAAUAGAAAAGCCCUUGUAGUAGGUGGUGGAAAUGUCGCCGCUGGCCGAAUCCUCAACCUCCUCAACGCCGACGCAAAAGUAACUGUGAUAACCCCAAGCACCGGCCUACACCCAGAAGUCCAUCACCGAAUCCUGAAACGCCAAGUAACGCAUAUAGACCGCAGCUUCCAGCCCUCAGACCUGGAAGGCCCAGACAUCGCAAUGGUCCUAACAGCAAUCGACGACCCCCAAGCAUCAACACAAAUCUACACCCUCUGCAAGCAGAAGCGCAUCCCGGUGAAUGUUGCGGAUGUGCCACCAGAGUGCGACUUCUACUUUGGCAGUGUCCACAGGGAUGGGCCGUUGCAGGUCAUGGUCUCGACGAACGGGAAUGGGCCAAAACUGGCGAACAUCGUGCGGAAGCAGAUUGCUGAGACGCUGCCGACGAAUCUUGGAGAAGCGAUCGUUAAAGUUGGCUCCUUGAGGAAGAGGUUGAGGAAAGUUGCGUCGGCGUGCUCUGAAGGACCGAAGAGGAUGGAGUGGAUGACAAAAGUCUGCGAAACCUGGAGCCUCGAAGAACUCUGUGACAUGGACGAAGACGACAUGGAUAACCUCCUCUCGCACUACGCCGAGAAUAAAGUAAUAACCUACAAAGAACUACGAGGCAUACCACCCCCUUCCGAAGGACGUGAAGUGUUUGAAGAAGCUUUCGACGGAAGCUUUCAUUGGUUUUGAUUCGGUCUCAAGAAAAAGCAGGGACCUCGGGUUAUGGCGUAUUUCUUGUUCCCUGUUUUUCUUUUAAGUUACUGCCAGCCUUUUUUUCCACGUAAUACCUAUUUUCCUAUGGUUUGGGAUUGACACCGCCCGACAUUUCAUAAACGAUCACUCAAGAUAAAAUAAUUUUUCACCUUACUUUUGCGAAAUCUCCUCGGAGAAACGAGGGAGAUGUCGUACUUGCCGCCGGUGGUGAUCUAUGUUUGAAAGCUAGUGUCUUGGCGAAUAACAAUCGAGUGAUGGCAUGUGA